AUGAAGUUCACUGUCGGUUCUGCUAUGGUGGCUACCACCUUCCUCUCGGCUGCGAACGCCGCUUUCCCCUCCAUCCCCAACAUCCCCGAGACCUGCUUGGAGAUCCCCCAGGUCAUUGGCAACAAGCCUCUCCAGCUGCUCUCCUACUUCCACAAGGAGGUCUGUGAGAAGAACUGCACUGCCACCAUCAACCAGCACAACCAGUACCUCCAGGAGUCGGUCUUCCCCCAGAUCAUGAAGGAUCUGGACCAGAAGCUGGACGUGCCCGCCUCUGAGCAGGCCUCUUUCCAGAAGAUCCAGACUCAGAUCAACUCCGCCAUCGAGAAGGACUGCAAGUCUGAAGGCGACAAGCCUCUGUGCAAUGACCUCGAGGGUCUGGCCAGCUACGGCCUCUGCGCGCUCAAGGCUAGCCAGCCCAUCAUCUUGAACAACAUUGGCCAGCUCCAGGGCUCCGUGAACAUCACCGACGCCGACUGCACCAAGAUCAAGCAGAUCGACUCCGAUGCGACUGUCUGGCAGAAGACCCUGCCCGGUUACAUUGACAAGUUCGCUCAGGAGUGUGAGAGCGAGAAGUCGAACUAG